AUGGGUUUUCCCAUCCUCAGACGCCAGAGCAUACUGCGUAGUCAUCGUUUCCCCCUCCUGCACUUGUCAACACCGUCCUUGCAUCGAGCGCUCGUUCCUGAUCCAUCGUCGUUCAGAUUCCUCUCCGACGCCGGAGUGCUAGAGGCUAUGACUAUAUCGUUGAAGCCCGAUUUCGGUGUAGGCGACCAUCUCUUCCCCGCGCUUCCUCGUAUCCACUCUCUGGCAAUCCAACAACAGAUUUAUACACACCGCAGCUUUUUUGCAAGAGCAGCUCAUGUGUUCGAAGAUGCGCAUAACGAUUUAAGCAUGGAUAACGAAAAGUUUGAACAUUUGGGGGACUCAGUGUUGCAAAUGGCCAUCACGACUCUUUUGAUAGAGAUGUACCCAGGUUUAAGGGUUGGACCAGCCACAAAAAUCAGGUCUAUGAUUGUCGCAAACUAUACCCUCGCUCAAAUAUCAUUCAGGUAUAAAUUGCACGAUAACCUCCGCUUGCACCCAGCACAGGCCGUCACACUUCGUGCUUCGACAAACAUCCGAGCCAAUGUAUUUGAGGCCUUCGUGGGCGGCCUAUACCUCGAUCAAGGACUGGAAGUCGUGAGCGCCUGGAUUAAACCGCUAUUCCGCCCAUAUGCUGCGGAGGCAUACCGAGUCAUUCGCGAACAGCACGGGCUCCCACCCAUAUCGCCUUCCUCCCAACUUAACAGCGGAAGGUCUGACAGACUCGCGCCCCGUCACCAUCCCGGCCACCCAUCAGGCAUCGGGAACUGGAGCACUGGUAUAGGAGCAGGAAAUACCCCGCACUCUGAACCCAGCGACCUCAUGAACCUGACAACGAUCGGUCACCUCGCUCUGUUCAAUCAGUACCUGCAGAAGACGGGCCGACAGGUGGAGUGGAUUUACUCUGACGGCACUGAUACCUCGGCUGGAGAUGCGAGUAACAGUGACAAUGAAAAUGUCAAGGGCACAAAGGCCACUCCGGUGUGGAACGUCAAAGUUCAUGUCGACGGACAAUUCUACGGAUGUGGGCGCGGGAACACGAAGAAGUACGCCCGAAACGAAGCGGCCAAAGAGGGAUUGCGCUUGCUGGGCAUAGAGAAAUUUGUGCAACAGCAUCGCUGGCCAGGGGGACUCUCCAUAUACUCUGCAGACUUGCGCUAG